AUGUCUGAAGAGUUGAAUUUAGAAACAGCAAAUAAAGAGCCGAUUCGUAUUCGAUGGUUGAAUGCUGCUGAUCGAAAUGAUGUUACUACAAAACCAAUUGCUCGUUAUCCUCAAACAAUUAAAACAACUAAAUUAACGGCACCAUCUGUAAACACAAAAGCUAAAACAAAAUCAUCAAACGUUGUUCGAUUUGCGUCUGAAGAUGUACCAUCAACAUCGUCAAUAUCCUUAGAAGAUGAUCUUAAAACUACAAAAGGUUUAAAAGAAUUGAGUGUCGAAGAUAAAUUAAAAAUAGCCAAUUUGAUUAAAGAAUUAGCUCGAAUUGGUCACGAAAAAGAUGUAGUUCAGACGAAACUUGAACAAGAACGAAAAUUAUUUGAAGUACAAAUGAAAACUUUGUUAAAUGAUUAUGAAAAAUUGAUGAAAGAUAAUCAAAAACUCUUUACACGAUAUAGUGAAACAAAAUCAACAUUAAACGAGUAUGAGAAAAAAUUGCAAGAAUAUAAAAAUGAUCAACAACAAAAACGAUCUGUCAUAUUUCCCGAUCCUCAACGAUCAUCGACACCCAUUGAUAUAAUUAAUGGGCAAACGUCAGGGCCACCAUUAGUCAAACAAAAUGAGAAAUAUUCACCAAAUCAAAAUAAGGCACAAAUAGUUCCAAACACAACUAAGUCUGAAACUGAUUUAGUAACAAGAACAAAUGCUAUUGUCAUUGAACAAUUUCAAAUAAAACAACUUAUGAUGGAAAAACAAUUACAAUUGUUACAUAAACAGCAACAAAUUCUAGAAGAAGAAUUGAGACAUCGUAAAGUUGACGACAUGAUUAAUUAUACUCAUCACGAUCAAGUAGUUGCAUCAUCCAAAAAGUCAACAGUAAUGGAAUCUAACCUAACACCAUCGAAUGUCUCACUUCCAACGAAAACAACUCGUUCAACGUCACCAAUAAAAAAUGUUCGUUCAACAGAACCAAAGAUGAUUGAGCGAGCAACAUCACCUGUAAAGUUACCAUCCGUGUUAAAAUCAUCAUUAUCCACAGUUACAACGAAUAAAAUUGUUAAACCGUCAUCUGCGUCAUCGGAAAAACAAGCGAAUCGAAAAAUUCAACAGUAUCAAAAUUUCUACAGUGAACAAGAACAAGCAGAAGAUGAACUUCUUAUGUCAUUAAGUGAAACAACAGAUAAUAAUAAUAAUAAUCGAAAUUUUCAUGAAAAACAACAUGCGUCAAGAUUAAAUCCUCAUGUUAAUAUGAACAACAAUGAUAUGGAAUAUGUUAAUGAACAAAAAUUACUAAAUGAUAUUUUUUUUAUUUAUUGUCUUUUGUUGGCUAUUAUAAUGAUUUUACUCGGUGAUUCGUUAUUGGGCAGUGUUACGCCACCAAAUGUUCCAUUUGAAAACAAUGUCAUAACGCAUGUUGAAUCAAUAUCCGGAUGUACGAUUCAACGUUUAACAAAUCUUCUUCGUGAAAGAGAACUUAAUCACCUAUUAGAAAAUCAAACAUAUGUUAUUAUCGUUAUUGGAACAAAUAAUUUGGCUCGUGAACAUUCAAAAACAGCAAUUACAAAAUUAAAAAAUUUUAUCAUUUUAUUUCAUAAACUUUAUCCCAGUGUAAAAAUGACAUUAGCCAAAGUACCUUAUAGAACAAAAACAAGCGUAUUUAUACGAGCACAAGGAGAUAAUGGCGGAAAAAGUAUUGUAAAACGAGUGAAUUUAUUCAAUGAAAGAUUAGUGAAAUUACAACGAAGAUUAAAACGAAAAAUAUCAUUUGAAUUUGAUUUGUUUGAUUUUGAAUUGUCUAAAAGUCAACAUUUAUCCAAAGACGGACUACAUCCGAAUAAAAAUGGAUUUAAACAUAUGUCACAAAAAAUACAAGAAUAUGUCGAUAAAAUGAUCCAUUAA